CAAUCAAUUUUAUUCUAUAGUUUCUUUCACAAGAAGGUAAAUCCUUCAAAAAUAACAAUGAAUUUGGCCCUGAAUAAGUGGGUCCAGAAGGGCUCUUGUCAAAUUCUGGGCCUCAACAAGUACAGUAUACAACAGUGGCUGAAGACCAUCGACACGAUCAUAUACGAUGGAGAGGGAGUUUUAUGGAACAACGAUAAGACCAUUGAUAAGGCACCGGAAACCUUUAACGCUCUGCGCGCCAUGGGCAAAGAGGCCUAUAUAUGCACUAAUAACUCAGUAACUUCGGUGGCGGGAAUCUGCCGGAGGGCCCAGGAAAUGGGUUUCUUGGUGGCCCAAAAUGAGAUCCUUUCCUCGGGCAAGACAUUAGCCAAAUUCAUAAAGGAGCAGAAAUUCGAGAAGAAAGCUUAUGUGGUGGGCGGCCAGGGAAUCGUUGAUGAACUUAAGUUGGUGGGCAUCGAAUCGCUACCAUUGGAUCAAUCGUCGCCACAGGUUUUUCCGACGCCAGAACACAUCCACAGCCUGCUUCUGGAUUCCGAUGUGGGUGCAGUGGUGGUGGGAGAUGAUAAAGAUUUCAAUGCGAUCAAAUUGACAAAGGCCAGUUGCUAUCUCAAGGAUCCCCAGGUCAUGUUCGUGGCCACAAGUCGCGAUGUGGCCUUUCCCGCCACUCCUGUAAGAAUGGUUCCCCGCGAAGGGGUUGUGGUGGCCGCCAUCCAGGCCGCCAGUCAGCGGAUGCCCUUCACCUGCGGGAAACCCAAUCCCUAUAUGUGCAUCGACCUGAUGCGUCGAGGAGCUAUCCGACCAGAGAGGACUUUAAUCAUAGGAGAUACCAUGAAUACGGAUAUUCAAUUUGGAUACAAUUGCGGCUUUCAAACUCUGUUAGUGGGCACAGGGGUCAAUAGCUACCAGGAUGCCAUCGAGGCUCAGGCAUCCAAGGUUCCCUCUCUAUAUCAGCAAGUCCCCGAUCUAUAUGUGCCAAAACUUUCCAACCUUUUGCCCUUCUUAUCCUCUCGAAAUAGAUGAAAUGUCAAUAACAAAGUCUUCGCUUAAUAAACUAUGAAGUUAGCAA